AUGACCAUCUCUGAGUCGAAGGUCCUUGUUCGCCCUGUUCAGGACGCUAGGAGGGCUGUGUCGUCAGAGAGGCCAGCCAUUGAGGAAACCAUUACUUCCGUGGAUGGUGGCAUCCAUGUAAGUACCGACCGUGAUGGUAAAGCAGGAACUGCUGCUGCCCAAGACUUCGACGGACACACAAAGAUAUCUCGAGAGACUAGAAUGGCCGCCAGUAUACGAAAUAUCUUGGAGGACAUGGGAGAAGACCCCAAUCGGGAGGGCCUUCUCAAAACUCCUGAACGAUAUGCCAAGGCCAUGCUCUUCUUCACCAAAGGGUAUCAGGAAAAUGCAUACGAUAUCGGAAAAGAUGCCAUCUUCAAUGUAAACCACACUGAGAUUGUUCUGGUUCGCGAUAUUGAAGCUCAUAUUGCAUACAUCCCCAAUGGUCGUGUCUUGGGACUGUCGAAGUUGGCUCGAAUUGCAGACAUCUAUGCGCGCAGGCUACAAGUACAAGAGCGUCUCACAAAGCAGAUCGCUCAGGCCAUCGAAGAUCUUCUACAGCCCCAAGGGGUCGCUGUCGUGAUGGAGUCAGCCCAUAUGUGCAUGGUUAUGAGAGUUGUCCAGAAAAGUAGUGCUAUGACGACAACGAGCUGCAGGACAGGCGUCUUCAAGACAGACAGGGCAGCGGAAGAGGAGCUUCAGUUCCUCCUAAAGCUGAACCGGAAUUGA